CUUUUUUCUUCUUCUUCAAUCGAAGCUUCCUCUGCAAGAUCGAUUUCUUCUAGAACAUUCUGCAACAGCGGAGAACUUGAUCAAUCUUCAUCGGCUCCACACUACCAACGAAUCACUGAAUUCUUUCAACUUUGAAGAUUUCAGAGGUUAUGGCUGAUUCCUCCAAGGACGAUUUCCUCCAGCUCCUCAAGAGAAUUGGGGCAUUUCUUACUCUCAAGAUUUCUAAUCUCUCACAAACACUGGACUCAAGAUCUGCAGGAGCUAUAGCAGGUCUUGCAUUUGCAAUAGUAUUUAUCUGGAGAAUAUUGAGAUCACCUAGUGGACCACAGAGGAGGCAUCCUAAGCAACAAGCUGUUACACCUGGUAGUUCUGGUGUAAGCAGACAUUUUAGUGAAAAUAUACCGACUUCAGAAGUUAGCCCCCCUUCAGAGGAUUCAAAUGCACAAAAUGUCAUUGAUGAGUUCUUUCAGCCCGUAAAGCCAACUCUCGGGCAAAUAGUUAGGCAAAGAUUGGGUGAGGGGAGGAAGGUAACAUGUCGGUUGCUUGGAGUAAUCCUGGAGGAAACGAGCCCAGAGGAACUACAGAAACAAGCUACUGUUCGAUCCUCCGCGCUUGAAGUGUUGCUCGAAAUCACCAAAUUUUGUGAUCUUUAUCUCAUGGAGAGAGUACUUGAUGACGAAAGUGAAAAAAAGGUCCUACUGGCUUUAGAAGAUGCUGGAGUGUUUACAUCUGGUGGCAUAGUCAAAGACAAGGUUCUCUUUUGUAGCAUUGAGAAUGGACGAACAUCAUUUGUCCGACAACUGGAACCUGAUUGGCACAUUGAUACAAAUCCGGAAAUUGUGUUUCAAUUAGCGAGAUUUAUCAAAUAUGAGCUACACAUUACGCCUACCAAGUCAGAAAGAACUGCUAUGAAUGUCUUCAGUUCAACGUCUUUGGAGCAGUUUUUCGGAACUGCUUAGGUGCAUAUCCAAAUGAGUUCUAACAUUUUGGUUUGUUUUAGGUCUCACCGUCCUCUUCAACUUUGGGCUGUGAGUUCAUAUUUUUAACUCGAUUACAUCUUUUUCUGGUACCUGC